UGCGGUCGUCAGGGAAGCCACGCGUCAGUGCAGCUCUGGUGUGCGUCAUCACGUGUCAGUGCGGUGUUAGUGAGGUCGUGGCGGCCGUCGCGAGAGCAGCGUCGCGCGAGCGGAGUGCGAGCCGGAGCGGCGAAGCGGCACGAGUGUGGAGAACGAGAGUCGCGCGAACACUGUGCGAGGGAGGAGGAGGUGUAAACACUCGGGCGGUGUUGGUUGGGCGGCGGUGUUUACAUGAUGACGGUGGCGGAGGCGGAGUUGGUGCGGCGUGCGGCGGAGAAGGGCCGGAGCGCAUCAUUUUGCGCUCCCUCCCAGCCGCUGUCCGCCCUCCACUCCGCGCACUCCUCGUCAGAUAUCCACAUGGAUGCCCGAGCCCACGCGGCGGCCUUCGUCCAGGCUCAGCAGCAGGCAUCCUCCAGCCCGAGGGCGAGGCUGAAGGCGUCUCAGGCGGCGCGGCGCUCGCAGUCCUGCCGCGUGCAGGGCUCGCGGCCCCCCCGCGUGCGCCGCAGGGAGUCCCCGAGGGGCUCCGAGGUCGGCGUCGAGCUCGACGAGGACGCGAACGCCUCCUUCGCGGGCGCCGACAGGACGGGCGGUGAGGCCUCCUACAACCCCUUCCUCCGCAAAGUGCCCUCCUGCGGCCGGCUGGUCACCCUCACGCCCGACGGCGGCGGCAGCGGCGAGGAUGCCGAAGACUCGCCCGUGCUACGCCGAUCAGCGUCCGCCCGCCGCCCGCGCCCGCCCACAGCCUCAUCCCCCAGCCACUCCCCCACGCCCACGCGAGUGACCCGUCCAGCACAGAAGAGCCGAUCGACGGUGAAGAGGAGCUCGGCCAACGCGGGCUCCCGGCGCGGGGGCGCGGCCGGCGCCGGCUACCUCGACGUCAAGCCCUCGGGCUCCAACGAGUGCCUCGACCCCGACGCCUACCUGCUCAGGACCUUCUCGACCACCAACAAAGGUCAGUCUCCAUGCCGGGCAAACCGCCUGCAGCCGGGCGCGCCUUCCGCGGGACACGGGGCACCUGGGGAAGGCAUUGCCCGCUGGGGCCGUCUGCCGCAUGCUGUGCCAUACCGUGUCCUUGCCGCGCGCGCUUUCGGUGAAGAGAUGCUCUGAACCGAAGCAGAAACGCUUGAUAAUUAAAAAGUCUGUGACAUUGCUCGAGUCAAUACUUCAUUCGUAAUUAUUGAUGAUCGCAGAGACAUAUUUGUAAAUUAUCAUUACAUGUAAAUGAUUACCAUAUGCCUGUAUAUUCUAUGAGACGUUAUUCAGUAACCUUAGUUCUUAUACGACAUUAAAAAUCUUGAAAUUCUUUUGGGUUUGCAUUAGCGAAUGAAAUUUACUUCUGUAGUUAUCAUGUGGACAGUUAUUGCAGUAUGGUUAGAUAACAGCUGAUGCAUUAUCAUAAUGAUAAGAUUAUUCUGACAGUUAUAUAUGUAUAUAUUUUUUUAAGUAUGUUAACCGAAUUUCUUAACUGGAGA